ACUACCUUCCAUUUGUGAGAACGGAGUUACUCACAUCUACGUCUCAGACAUGGAAGUUGUAAACAAAAAGGCAGUGCCAAAAAAGGAAGUGUUGUUGUGUGGUGUGCCAAAAUCACUCAAGUUGGUUCUUUCACGGGAUUAUGAGUUGAGCCAUGGAUUAUUUGUAACUGGCUUGAGUUCCUACAUGAAUGACGGAUACAUCAAAGCCUACUUUCAACAAUGGGGAAAUGUCAUAUCAUGCAAGGUAAAGAAGAUUCCAAAUUGUGGGAAAAAUAGCGCAGUGGCCUUGGUGAAGUAUUCCUCUGAGGAUGAAGCAGAUAAAGCACACUGGUUUGGUACUCACGUCAUCGGAGGUUUGGAAGUGGUACUAAAACAGUUUGUCUGUCAAAAAACUGAGGAGGAUUUCGUGGAUGAGACUGCAGCCUCUGAGAAACCUCGACCGAUGCGUUCAAUGGGUCUGGGGUAUAUCCUGGAAGACCCCCAGUGGUUAGAGAAUGAAGACGAUCAGAUGGAGACAGCAGCAAUGAAAACAGCAACAUAGCUAAACAAAUCAGAAACAACCCUGUGUUUUAUCUAUGCUUAUAAUGAAUGUUUACUUUUCAUUUUCUGGAAAAACUAUGGGAAAUUAUGAAUUCUGUGGAAUUUUAAAUACAUUUUUCUCAUGCUACUACCCAUGUUGUAUUUUUUGUCUAAAGUUUCCAACCUUGUGGUGUGUUAAAGACUAUUUAUCUAUUAUUUUGCUUGUUUUAAAUGAGUAAAAAUAAACAAAGCAAUGAUUUCUGACUAUU